AUGCAUACCAUGCACAUCUGCAGAUUAUCAAGCAUUUGUGAACUUGUGGACAACAGUGUUUCGCUUGUACAAGCAGUGGCGAGCUGUGAAAAUUCAACAGAGAACCAACCAACCCUUCGGCUGCUGAUCAGCACAACUUGGGUAGCUGAAAAUGCUAAUGAUACGGGGAGCCAGCUGCAGCCCUCCUCCGCCGCGGACUUUGCGGAGGAGGUCAGACAGGACUUGGGGAGAGCACAGAUUGCAGCAACGGUUGAUUAUGAGACCAGCGAAAAUGGAUGGUGGAAUGGCACCGGGUUGAACAGCAAGCCUCCGCAGGGAUACGCAGGAUGGACUACCAGGCCGGAGACGGUGGCCGUGUCCGCCGCCGCGGCACAGGAGCUGCCCAGCAUGCUGCUGCUGCAGGACCCGGACCUGCAAUGGAGCGAUGUGCUGCCGGAAGUGCGCAGCAUGGUCGCGCUAUACGGCGGAAGGCUGCAAGCUUUGCCUUACGCUGUGGAGGUGCCGCUGGUGUUGUACAGGAGCCGCGAUGCUGACCUGCUCAUAAGCAUCUGGGCUAGCUUGGCGCUGGCUUCCAUUCGCGUGCAAACCUCGGAGGAGGACCUGAAGAAGUUGAUAGACGAGCAGCUAGGUGGCGCUGAUGUCGCCGCUGCCGCCGCCGCCGUACAGUCCCUGGCCCAAGCCCUGCAGCUGUACCGCGAACUCAUGGGGCUAGCGCCGCCAGGCGCCGCUCACGCGCCGUGCGUGCGACCGGACCUGCAGUUAGCGCUGGCGAAGUGCGCUGUUGUGGUGGGUUACGGGAGUUCCUUGAAAGCAGCGAUAUGGCAGCUGGGCAAAGAGCGUGAGGAGCAGCAGGGGCGGCGGAGGCGGAGGCAGCGGCAUUUGGCGGCAGAGGCUGAGGCCGGGGAGCUUUCGCAGCAUGGGCUGCAGCAUGCUCGGGCGUUACAACAGCAACAGGGGGAGGAGGAGGAGGCUGUGGGGAGUGUGGCGUUGGUUGCGGCGCUACCUGGAAGCGCCUUGUCUGACGCCGCUGGGUCAUGUGGCAGUCCUGCCUGCAGCGGCAGCAGCGGCAGCAACAGUAGCCAGGCGGACGGGCCAGAUGGAGGCAGCGGCGGAGUCUUGCGGGGCGUGUACCUGGGGCAUGACGUACUGGCGUUCCAAAUUAACGCCACAGCUCCGCCGCUGUUGCAAUAUGCCACGUGGCGGGUGGCAGCGGUCGCUCUGGGCCAGAACCGCAGCUGGCAGUCCGUGCUGUCGCCCGCGGAGGGCGGCGCAACGGUACAUCGCGCGUCGCAGCUCGCUGAUGUGGAGCGCUGGACGUCGUACGGGUACGACAAGUACGAUAUCUCGUCAUACUUGACGGCGCUGCGGGACAGCUUGAGGGGGCCGCUUACCUUCACGGCGCCGCGGCUGCCUCCCGCCCUGGGCGAGGGGCUGCUGGAGGUGUUGCGUGAGGCAGCCAAUGACGCGGCGUUCGGGUCUGUGGCGAACACAACUGCACUGGCGGAGUUGGCAAUAACCCGCCUGAGGCGGGCGUACGAUGCGAACCGCGGGGCGGUGCUUGACGCCCUGGCAGUGCAUUUGGGCCUCCAAGCAGACGCCAGUAGCGUGGGACGCGCCGGAAACGACACUGGUACUGGCAGCGGUGGGCUCCGAGGCGCAAAGCUCGCAGGCGUCAUCAUCAGUAGCAUUGUGGCUACAGCAGCGGCGUCGCUAGUUGCGGCGCUGGCGCUAUGGUGGAUGAGGGGCUGGGUGCUGGCGCACAGGCUGGGCGUGUGGAUGCCGGCUCUGGACCGCCGGUCCACUGCUCCGGGGUAUGGACCGGACACGACACUCAUGUUGACGGACGUGCAGGACUCCACGCGCCUGUGGGAAACGCUGCCCGUCGCGGUAAUGGACGCCGCGCUAUCGCUCCACAACGACGCCUUCCGGCAACUGCUGCCACGGUACCGCGGAUAUGAGUGCCACACGGAGGGCGACAGCUUCGUGUUGGCAUUCUACACGGCGGUGGAGGCGGCGGCUUUUGCACUGGAGAUUCAGCUCGUGUUGCUCCAGCUCCCCUGGCCGCAAGAGCUCCUGGAUCACGAGCUGGGUGCCGUUGUACGGCAAACACCGCCGCACUCGGACAGCAACGAGGGCGCCGCGCAGGCUGGGCCCGGGCAGGGGGCCCCGUUCUCCGCUUCCAACGACGGCGGCGCCGGUGGUGGCGCUGGAGGCCCUCACGGUAGCAAUGGCGGCCUGGAGGAGGGACUGGCCGUGAUGGGCGGUAGCAGCGCCCUGGGCAUGAGUACGACACGCGGUCCACCAGAGUACGGCGAUUUGGGUACGGCGACGUGUACGAAUAUGGAGCCUUGGGGCCUGCAGGCGGUGGACGAGGAGCAGGCGGCCGUGCUGAACUCAGACGAGCGCCUGAUGAAGAGCCUGUAUAGAGCAACCACCAGGCGACCCCCGGGUCGGUCCCGAACCUUCUCCACGCUUCAGGGCCUUCGCGUGCAGGAACGUGGCAGCUGGUCCGCAGGCCUUCGGCGGCGGGCACGGCAAACCGACGCCACCGCUGGCGGCGGCGGCGACUCCGCCGCCGGUGAUGGCGGCGGCGCGGCGGCGUGGGUGGAGGGUCGCUCCCUCAGUGACAGCCGCGCGGAGCUGGACUUCCAGGGCACUAGCUCCCGAUCCCACUCCGGCCUGGACGCGGACUCCGCCACCGACACGUGUGAGCGCGAUAGCCUCUUGCACCUGCGCAAGGCGCCGCUGGUGCCUCCCACGAGGACGGGAACGGGGCCCGGCACAGGCGCCGGCGGGCUGUCACUGCACCAGCUGCCGCAACUCCAGCAGCAACAUCCAUACGCGACAGUGGAGGGUGAUAGCCUUAGCGGCGGCAGCGGCAGCGGCGGGCCGAAGCGGCCGCGCAAGCGGGGAAGUGACCUGGACAACGCGGCUACGACGGCAGUGGCGUUUUCUGGGCGCUACCGUAGCGGCGGCAGCCUGCAGCUGCCGCCGUGGUUCAGCGCUGCCGGCGAUGGCGGCGGUGGCGGUAGCCUGCCAGCACACUCGGGUUUGGCGAUUUUACCAAGCGGGGAGAGGGUCCCGUCUGGGGUGGGGCUGACGGAUGCGAACGAGGAGGCAUCAUUGCGGCUGGGGCUGCCGUUGAUGUUGCAGCGCCAGUCACAUUCGCAACACCCAUUUUACGGACGCACUGCAUCACAGGAUCUGGGCGGCAGUCGGCAGCUCUGGCACAGAUCAACGGAAGCCUCCCGCAACAACAGCAACACCUUGUUUGCCAGCACGAGCACCAAUAACAACAAUAACAGCCUCAGCAACGGCAACAACUCCCGAUCAUUAGUCCUGAUGCGCGCCCGCAACUCCACGCGGUCCUCGGCGGGAACACCCACACCGCCCUUCACUGCCCUGCUGGCCACGCUACGGGUCUCCGGCGACGGCGAAGGGAGCGGCGGCGGCGCCGCUGCUGCCGGCCCUGCUGCCGGCGGGCUGGUUGGCGGCGUGGAUUUUAUGUUGCGAUUGGCUUUUGCGAGCCAAGCGGACAGGCGGUCUCCCUCCGGCGACGAUGACGGCGGCGGGGGCGGUAGCGGCCGCACGCCCGACAGCCGCGACACCAUCAUGCGCCGCCUGGGCUUCAAGCAGUUCGCCCAGCGCUCGUCGCUGGGCGGCGGGGCCGAGACGCCGCUCAUCCUUGUCGGGGAUCCAUCCGAGCAGCGGCACCGCCGCCGGCACCGGCAGCAGCGGCAGCAGCAGCGGCAGCGGCAGCGACGCGGGAGCCACGUGCUGAUGCCCGCCUUCGACGACCUGGUGGCUGAGCAGGAGAGCUCCGGGGAAAGUGGCACCCACGGGGGCGAGAGUCCGAGGGACAGCUGGCCGCGAGAUGAUGCUGUGGAGGCGACUCCGGGGUCAGAAGCUGAGCUGGCAUCGGUUCCCGAGCCGGGGACUGCGACUGUUUUGGAGCCGUCGUCUGGCGGUUUGUGUGGCGCUAGUACUGACGUUAAUGGUGGCGCUGUUGUGACCGCGGCCACGGCUGAUCCAGCAGAAGCCCAUGUGGUGUCCGUGGCUAUGGCUAUGGCUAUGGCUGCUGGUGCUGCGGGUGAAGGCCUGCAAACUCGUCGUCCAGGGAAUGGCAAACGCGUCCUCGCGGUGUUGGAGACUGUCCAAGGUGAGCUACGGGACACCGUCGUGGCUGCGGCGGCUUUGCAGCCGUCAUAUGGCGGUCCGAUAUCCGAAUCGGACGUGCCGCCGCAGCUGUUGCUACCGCCGCCGCCAGCUUUGCGUACAGUGGCUGCUGCUGCCGCGGCGGCGGCGGCAGGCAAGCAGCCAGCCUUGCCGCCGUCGUCAUCAUCAUCAUCAUCAUCAUCUUUGUCGCCGUCUUCUCAGCAGCAGCGAGAACAGCAAGAGCAGCAACUGAAGCUGCAUCCGCUCCAUCAUCAGGAGCAUCAGGAGCAGAAACUGCAGCAGCAAGAACAGCAGCACAGCCAGGAGGCGUUGGGAGGUACAAGCGACACGCCGGAGCAUGCGGAGUGUGCGUCUGGGACGAGCUCCGUAGGGGUCGUGACGGCUUGCUCGCUGGUUAACCCAGCCGUCUUGGAAAUGACGGCGGAGGCGGAGGCGGCGGCUACGUCCUCGGCUUCAUUGCCGAGAUCCGCGGUGCGCCAUCUCGUCACGAACAACUCGGACUCCUCGUCUUCUGACAGACGGCCACUCUCGCAUAGCCUGCGGGUGCGGCCGUGUAGCGGUGCGGCGGCCGCGGUGGAUUUACCAGCAGCAACAGCAGCACCGGGGGGCCUCGCGCCACUGGAGGUCGAACCCAGUGGCGGCUCCUGUGAUGAGCGAGGUGCUGAUUUGCUGCGUCUCGCCAGCAGCGGCUUGGGAGCCGCCUCCGCUGCCGUCGCCGCCAGCAGCAGCAAUGCAACUGUCGUCGGUGCCAGCUCGUCGGUUCCGGUUUCGGCGGCGGCGGUCGCGACGGCGGCGACACCGCCGCCGCUGGCGGGUACGCAGCCGGUCCCGCAGGCGCCGUCCCGAGGGUCAGGCAUCGGCGGCCCACCAACCAGGUCCGAUAUGUCGCGCUGGCUGACGACAUGGCCGUUCGGGGCGCCGCCGGGGGCGGGGACGGCGGAGGCGACGCUGGCGGCAGGGAAAACGGAGCCGUAUGCUGGGGCAGUCGUGGGCGGCACUACCGCAGCCGCAGGUGGCCCCCAGCGCAAAGAGCUGGUCUUGGGGAUGCCUGACAUCGAAGCCGGCGCCAUGGUGGCUGGAAACGAAGCUAGGAGCAUCACCUACACCAAGGCUGGCGGCAGGGGCUUUCCGUCGGCCUCUGCCAGCAGCAACGGCAUGGGCACACCAGCCGCUGCACUGCCCCGCGGCAGCAAAGGCAACGUCGACGGACACAUGCUGGGCGCCGUACGACGCACCAUCUCCGAGCUCCAGGUCAGCCCUAGUGGCCUUACUGUGUCCAGGAGCCCAAGUAGCUGGAUCUCGCCCGCCUUCCGUUCCGUUCGGCGCGCCGUCUGGCGCAGUGCCUCCGCCAGUGCGAUUGACGCUGCUGGCGGCGGCGCCGCCGCCGCCGCCGCCAUCGCCGCCACCAACGGCAGCGGCAUGAGCUCCGCCGGGACGAGCUCCAGCGGGUACAGCUCCGGUGCUACACCGCACCUCGUCGUCGCGAGCGGCAGGGCCGUACAACCGCCGAUCAAUCCCGUAUUGCGCCGUCACCGUGCCGUGACGGAGUACGUGCAGUCGCCGCUGAGUCGGCAGGGUGCGGGCGCCUUAACCUGCUGGGAGGAGGUCCAUGCUCGUCAGCCGGAGGCGGCCUACUUGCGGAUGGGCGGGCCUACGACUUCUUCUGUAGUGGCGACAACAGUUGACGGUGCUUUGCAUACGUCGCCGGAGGCGGCAAUACCGGCGGCGGUGGCGGCGGCGCGGCGCAGCAGCCGCCGCAGCAGCACCACACAUUCGGAUCCAGGCGGUGGACCGGGGCUACCGCUGCCGCAAGGCGAGAUAAAAGACAUGCAUGAGAGGGUGACGACCCAGGGGUCGGGGUCGUUCCCCACUGGGCUGACCCACGGGGUGUUCCGAAAUUCCAUGCCGGUCCUGGACCAGGGUGCUGCAAUCUUGGCCGUCGCGCACAGGCCAGGAACGACAUCUGCACCCGGUGCGGGCAACCCCGCAAUGCUUCGGCCGUUGAUAUCUGGUGAGCCGUCCCGGGCCCCGGGGACGGCGGCGGUUGCCCCGGGCGGUAGCAGCGCCGCAUUGCAGGAUGCCGCGGGGCCGCAUGCGGCUGCCCCCGCUACAGCUCCACCGCGGCGGCGACCGCCCGGGCGAUCCUCCACACCGCCUCCGCGGAUGUCCACUGCCUACGGCCACGGUGGCUACCUUCGCGGCUCGGCGUCGGGUUGUGGGUUCGUGCAGGUGGCUGGUGGACAUGUACUGCACUCCAUGUACAGCAGCAACGUGGCCUGCCCGGGCCCGAUGGUUCAUCCCGAUGGUUCAUCCUCUCGCGUGUGGGGCGGGUUGGAGGCACUGAUGGAGGCUUACACGCAGGCGGCACGGCUGCGCGGCGCGCCGAACAGACCUCCCUUCGGCGGCGUGUCGCGGACCCGGGGGUCGGUCUCCAUGUCAUCCGGCGCUGCUGCCCUCGACAGCGUGGCAACUGGCGCCACGGGCACCCUGUUUGACAGCCGCGCGCUGCCCGACAUUCGAAGCUCGGACAGUCGAGGCGUCGCGGUCAUGUGCGAUAGUGGCGGCCUGCAGGGCAUGAUUGAAGUAGCGCAAGGCUCCAACGGUAACGGCAACGGUAACCGGGACAGCUCGGCGCUGCCGUUCACGCCGUCCUCCCGCGAUGGUGGCCGCGACAGCAACACCAGCCGUCUGAUCAGCGUCUUGGGGACCGCACUGCGCAGCAAACGGAUCUCCCGUGGCGGGGCCAGCCUGGGGGCGCUGAUGUCUUUGGGGGAGUCCGGGAACGCGUCCAAGCGUUUCUCUGCCCUCAGCGGGGGCCGCGAGUCCACCAGCACCGCUCGCGGGGACGGCGUGGUCAGUGGCGGCAGCGCCGGCCCGGCCACGUUCAUGGAAGCCAUGCUGCAGCUGGCAACGGGCGCAGCUACAGCCCAUCAGCUGACGAGCGCACUCGCCGGUGGCAGCAACAGCAUCACUGGACUGCGCAGAACACUGUCGCCGCUGUCGUUGCUCGCCGGCGGCGGCAGCAACGGCGGGCGUAGCACGCAGCCGUUGCCGCGGCUGGCGGCGCUAGGUGGCCGUGACAGCGAGGGUUCUGUCGCCGUCGCAUCGCAAGGUGGUGGUGGGGGAAGCCCCAGCAGUCAUAAACAGAAGCAGCAACAGCAGCAGCAGCAGGUUCAGACACAGCAGCGGAACGAGAGCCAGACCGGCCAACACGGUGGCGGCGCCGCAGCUGCCGCUGCGCCGCUGAACGCCACCACUGCCUCGCCUGACGGCGGCAGUCCACCGGCGGAACCCCUGUCGCUGUCACACCUGCGCAGCCACACGGCAGGCGCUAUGAAAUCCGGUGCCGCUGGCAUGUACGGCACAUCGGGGUCGUGGACGGCGCAGUCUAGCCAAGCGGUGCAGCCCGCAAUCAGGUUUCCGUCGUACUUAUUUCAGCUGUCGCGCGCCGAGUCCUUCGGUACCACAGGUAAUGACUCCUCUGACUCAGCUGCAACGCCGGCGCAAGGAACGGCGUACCGGAUUUCACCUUCCGGCGCCUCCCGCGGCAACACUACGUCACAUGCCGACGGCACGCGCGGUGGUCUUGGGACCGGCAACGGCGGCACCGGGGCUUGGAGCGGGAGCGGCUCGCGGCGACAACUGUACGACACACGGAGCGCCAAGUUUCCUUCCGGACACGUCACCUGGCAUUACCAUGCCGACGGCGGGCCGCGUUUGUCGUACGAUGCCCGCAGAGCCUCGGGGGAGCUGCCGACUAGGAUCACUCUGCCGGGUCCGCUCGCCCGGCCGUCGAGCUCACUGGUGGGCGCGUCGGCCGUGUACGGCAUCACGCGCAUGGGCAGCGGCGCCGGCCGCGCCGCAGCCGCCGCAGCCAUGCCAUCGUACAGCGAAGUCCUCCCUGCAGCGCUGCGGAUGCGUGCUGAGCUGGACAGCGCACAAGAUCCUUUCCGUACAGCCGACGACGAUCAGACGUUGCCGACGUUUGGCAAGGAGCGGUCGUCAAGCAGGCCGCUGCCGCGGCCGCUGGUGGGCGCUGCCGCAGCUGGGGCCGUGGCUGCUGCCAGCCAUCGCGUCGAGGGCAGUGGAUGUAUGGACUCCGGCGGUGCCAGAAACAUGGGUCGGGCAGGGGUGCCGGAAAUCGGUGGCGGCGGGAGCAGCGGCGUCGCCACCGACGCGACCACCGGCGGCCCCUCAUGCUCCAGCGCGACGGAACUGCCGUCUCCGGCCGGUGUGGCCACGGCAAUGGCGACGGCAGCGCCGCUGCACGCACCGGCAUCAGAGCCGCUGUACAUUGCGGUUAUGCGCUCAGCUAUUAGUGCCCGUCUGGAGAUGCAGCCGCAGCCGCAACGGACAUCGAUGCCAGCAGCGCAACAGCAGCCGCAGCAACACCUUCUCCAAGCGCGCCGAAGCUUUGGCAGGGCAAGGGGCAAGCCCGGUGAGGGCAUGGUCGGGCGCGCGGUCAGGCUGUCGCUACAGGCGCUCCGGAGCUUGGGUGCGACGGUAACGCCGUCAUCGACGACGGCGGCAGCGGCGGACCACCCCUCUCCCUCGGCGGCGGCGGCGGCGGCGGUAGCGGCACUGCCACGCGGCAUAUCCUUCGCGCACCUCUCCGGUGGCUCCGGUACCAUGGGGCCCGUCAGCAGCGCCCACGAUAGCGUCGACGCACCCGCCUGGAGCGCCUCCAUGGCCACACCGCAGAUGUCGUACACACGGUCCACGGCUGACGGCGCCGCCAUUUCCGCGGCGGCUGCAACAGUCGUGCCGCUCGCUGUGUCUGUCCGCGUCGCUGGCCGAAAGCCCUCAGCGAAAGGCGAGCCGCAGAGCGGCCCGAUGGCAUCUCGCAUUUCGGCGUCUCCGAUGCCAUCACAGCGCGAGCAGGGCUCUGGGGGUGCCAGCUUGCUGGAGGCAGAUGGUGCAGUGAGCAGCCUGCAGGACGCGCUCAGCAGCAACGUCGACACACAUAGCGAGCUACCCCGCGGCCCCAAGCUCCUAUCUGAGGAUGGCAACAAUAGCGCCCGGAUUACGAGCGCGAGUCGCCGCCGCGCAUCGGAAAUCGAACCACACUUAUCCGACACCGACGCUGACGGCGGUGUUGGCAUGGGUGGUGGUGCCGCCGCCGCCGCCCCUGCCGCCGAAGGCAUUCCACUUUCCGCCGGCUGCAUCCGAGGCUCUUCUCCUCCGCUGGCGCUGACGUCGCCCAUGCCGGCGCUGUCUGCCGUACAGGCAGCGUCGAACUCCGCUGACGCCUCGGCCGCCGGCAAGGCUGCAGGCAGCAGCGGGCGCGGCGGCCGGCGGCGGCCCGUCAGUCGCAAUCCCACUCCGGAGCGGCUCAUGGGUGGACUCACGCGGCGGCUGGACAGCAUCAUCUCCCACGGCGGCGACAUGCCGCAAUGGGAAGCCGCCGCAAGGGACGGCUUGCGCAGCCGACAGGCCAGCGGGGCGACGUCGCUGGUGGGACGACUGGGCGCGGGGAUGGUGCAGCGGAUUGCGCCCGGCAGCAAGAAAGCUCUGGCGCAACAGGGCGCAGCUCUGGAUGGAACCAUUUGUUUCAGGGGCUUCCGAGUGCGCUGCGGUAUGCACUCCGGCUUGGAGGAGGGCCGGGACCUGCACUGGGCCAAGGUGGGCGGCCGCCGCGCAUACAGCGGCCCCGCCAUGGCCCUCGCCAAGGCCGUGUCCGACCUGGUCCCGGGGGGCAUGGUGCUGCUCACCGCCGCCACCUUCGAGCGCCUGCAGCCCUGGCCCAACGCCGAGGCGCUGCCCGGAGCCAUCAUUUGGUCGCGCGGCCGUUUCCGCAUCAGCGUGAGUGAGGCGGCCCCCGGCAGUGCGGUGCCGUUAGAUGAGGCGGAUCUGUAUCAGCUGCUGUCGCCGCAGCUGCUGGCGAGGCAGCCCGCGCUGGAGCGUAGACCGUGGCGUGGUGCGGAGCAGGGCGAAGUCAAUGCAGGGGUGGGGGUGCUUCCCGGCGUGUUGAGUGCACCGUUGGGCCGUCUGGCGCUGGUGCUGGUGCAGGUGGCUGGAGUGCAGGUGCUGCGAGCCUGGGACUCCGAAGUGACCUCCGCAGCGCUCCGUGUGUUCGGCUCCGUGGCUGCGGAGAUGCUGCCCGCCUGGGGGGGUUUCCCGGCCAGCCUGGACGCGCAAAACGGCACCUUGCUGGCGGCGUUCCGAGAGCCAGCGCUGGCUCUUGGCUUCAUGCACGCGAUGAUUGAUGUGCUCCGAGACGCCGACUGGCCCUCCGAGCUGCUCACACACGAACUGGGAGAGCCGCUGGCGAUGCCGGUGGGCUCUGGCGCCGCAUCCGCCGCCGCCGGUGGCGGUGGAGGCGGUGGCAGCAUUCCCGGCUACUCCCAGACAGAUGGGGUCACGUCGGUGCUGCCCGUGAUGAGCAUGUCGGUGUCAGGUGCACCACCGGCCAGCGGCGGAGCUGGGGGGCUGGAGGGUGGAGGAUACGUGUUGCGGGGCCUCAGGCUGCGAUGCGUCGCCGACGUCGCCUCGGUCCGAGUGGACCUAGGGUGCGCCACAGCUGCAGCCCUGUAUGAGACCCGCGACCCCAAGGCCUUCAAAUCCCUGCGGCGCAUGUUGGCAAUCGCACAUAUGGGUGCCGUACUGUGCAGCGGACUUUUGGUUUCGGAGGUGCUGUCCGGGCCCCCAACAGCUCUGGCGGCGCUGCAUGACCUGCUCGCCUUUGCGCCGUUGGUAACGGCAGCAGCUCCCCCGACGGCGCCGCCGCCGCUGCUGUCCUCGCCUUCAGUGCUGCCGUCGCCGCUGCCCGGCCAGCACGGCUUGCCAGCAGCUUUGCAAGUCCAAGGCCAGGGCCUGCCGCCUCCGCCGCCAUCUCCUGCCCCGUCGAUACUGCCAUCGCCGCUGCCGCCGCCGAACGCCGUUCCGUCACAGCCGGGUAACGGCGGGGCCUCGGCGUUAAUAGGACGGUCGAGUGUGAGUAUAAUAAGCACCGCUGGUGGCGGCGGUGGCGGCGGCGGUGGCGGCGGCGGCGGCGGCGGCAGUCCUUACCUAACGGGCGGCGCCGCCAUCCCCGCAAGCACCCGGCUCACAAAGAAGGAGGCGUCCCGCUCCACGGUGUAUCAGUGCACGCGGCGGCGGCCUGUACGGCGCAGUGGCAUGGGCCAAGCGGGCUUCGCGUUGGUAGGGAGCGUCAGCGGCGUGUACGGCGCCGCCGCAGGGAUGUACGGCAGCAGCUUGUUUGGCGUUGCGGCGAGUAGCGUGAACAGCGGUGGUGGGCAGAGCGUGGCGGGGGCGAGCGGGGCAGUGGGAGGGAUCUAA